CAGAGGGGCGCAGAGCAAAAGAAACGAGUCGAAUCUGAAUGGGAAUCAAUGCACGCCUCAUCAAUAGGACGUUGUUCAGGAGAGAAUGGCCAGUGGUCGUCGUCAAGGAUGGCGGCGAUCGGAGGCCUCAGGCCCCGUCGGGGAUGGUACCUGAGGCACCAGCCCGUCCCCACUUCGGGAAAUUCGAUCCCCCGGAGCGGAACGCGUGAUCUCGUGACCGCGAGGCCCUUGGCUUAAUGUCUACUCCAUACUACGACUUCCUUCCUCGCAUCAUCGCAUGCAUUCUCAGUCCCGCCUUUCCCUCCGAUAUAGGGACUGGUUUCCAUCCCGUAUGAGAUGUUGCCGUCUUUGGCGACUUUAUUACCCCUGUCAGCAGCCGCUUGUGCGGCCUAAGUUUAAUGCAAAACUAGUUCCGCGCCAUGUCCACCUGGGUCGCAUUGAAUAUUGAGCCCGAUGAGGCCAUUGAAGAGGAGGUUGAUGAUACCAAGGAAAUUCAAAUCGAAGAAGCGCUUAAAUUGUACCAAAAUGCCUUGAAACUUCAUUCCCAGGGCCCGCAAUUUUAUUCCCAAGCUGCGGAGGCGUACGAAGCACUUCUGGCAUCGGAAAUAUUCAAGUAUCCCGAGUCUAUCUCCGACUACAAGAGAGUCGCACUUCAGAUCUCGGAGCUCCAGUUUGGUACAGUAACCGCUGAUGCAGCGGCCGAGGCUGCAGCUGUGACGCUUAGCGAAUUUGAUAUUAACGACUCUACAUCCAGUACUCUCCAGCAAACGAUAUACUUGUCUUACAAGAACCAUGGCCAGUAUAUUCUCGAUGCGCUGCGUGAUGUGUUGGAAAACGCCCCUCAGACUCCCGAAGCUGCCGACCUUUCUGCCAAGGUUGCUGAUCGUUCCAAUGCAGCGCUGACUGCCUUUGCGGAAGCACUCGAACGCGAUGAUUCUGACUUGAACCUCUGGAGACAGAGCGCAAGGCUCAGUGGUGCUCUGCAUAGCUAUCGCCUGAGUCGUUACUGUCUGGAAAGCGUUCUAGCCGACGAUGAUAAUCGCCUGGAGGUGCGCACAGAGCAGUUGGGCCUGGAAGAGGCAUUCGCCGAGGAUCGGCUGCGCGAGGCGUUGCAGUCGCUACAGGACAGGCUCUCCGUAUCCGUGGUACCACUCAAAAAGCCCAAGAAGGCUCUUCUCAAAUUCCUGAAACGCCAAAUUGACCCAUAUCCUUACUUACCUCGUCUACCAACUAACGUGGAGGAGGUGGAUCCUGCAAAAAACCCACUUGCCUUGCGCGCUUCUCGUCAUGAGAUUAAAAUCGAAUCCUUGACAUGGACUGCUGUCGGCAAAGCUAUCCUCCGAAUCUUCGAUGAUGAGGAAGAUGAUGCUCCUGUGGCCGGCCCUGGAACAUCAUUCGCCAUUGCUUUACCGGCUAAUAGCCCCGAAUUGAAAGCGAUUCAGCCAAUAGAGGCCCAUGUCCGAUCAUCGAAAACCCAAGGAGAAGGGAAUCAACAAGAAGAUACCCCCAUGGCUGGGGGAGGGGACCAACAUGAGGCCACACAGUCCACCACCAAAACACACGAAAUUGAGCAGACCGCGGAUCAUGUUGAUGAUCAAUCUUCUAUCGACCAGCGAGCUGAGAAGCAAUUGAUGGAGUCUCUGGAGGUCCAGUCUUCACAGCACCCUCAACCUGAAGACCAGCAAGACAACGCAAAUCAGGACGAGAUCGACACCAAGUCGCCCGCCCACUCCUGUCGGAAGCGAUCUUCUGCAUGUGCUGUCACUGAGGACCAAGCGGAACGCUCGAGAGCCAAGAGCAGAAGGACGCGUCUGCGUGAUUCGAUUGCCGAAGCUUCGAUGCAAGCGGAGGAAAUUCCUUUUGAUCAAACCAAAUAUUAUGAAGACCUGCUGGAUCCUUAUGUCCAAGCCGAUGAAGGCGUGUUUAGUACAGUCGGCUCUCUGCUAUCUAAGCUAGGUGUUGAAAGCCUGGGGACCUUGGAUGAGCUGAGAAAACAGGUCGCUGUCGAAAACGACAGAAAAGACUCGCCGGAUACCCCAGUUCAUACACCUAACGAGGCUGACCGUGUCCUGAUCCAAGAUCUCCGGAAUGUCAUGAAACACUGGGAUGAGGGCAAAUCCCAAGUAAUGUCACAAAGUGAUAGCUUAUCUGCACUUCAGGAUCUUCAAGGGAUGGGCAGGUCUGGACUGGUUAUUUUCCAGGAGCACUCCAGAAAGUCUGCUCGAAAACUUAAGAUGAAACCGAUCUUCAGCGGUGAGGAAGAGUUGUUCACAUUUUUAGGGGCUGUCAAUGAUGAUUUAUUUCAUAUUCAUGAGGUGGCUUUUGGUUGGCUUAAGUGUCUUCUCAUGCCAAACUAUGCAAAGGUUUCUGUGAAAGACAAGAUUUCUAAUGACUGGUCGGCUGUCGAGUCAUCUUAUGUUUCCUUUCAAUGGCCUAAUGGCCUGAAGGAAAUUGUGACGCAAUUUCUCCUCCAUGAAGACGAGUACAUCUACAUCAAAUUGGACACGCAUAUCAAAGACCUCGAGCAUCAGGUCCUCCAAACUCAAUCUGCAGACAUAUUUAAUUAUUCUGUGGAAAACUUUGCAGAUUUAGUGAUGAUUCAGACCAUAUUCGAACUACAUCUUGAUCUUUUCGUCCCCAUGAAUAGCCCUCACAGCGAAGCCGACCAGCAAACUAGGAUCUUUCAGCAAGAACGCUUAGCAAGAUGGUGUAUGCUUGCACGCACCGCCUUGACUCACUUCAUUGACCAUAGCCCUGAGCAGACUAACCAGCAAAGAAUCACUCUUCGUCAUGUCUGGGCAUCAACCUUUCACUCCAACUUGGCCCCCGAUGUGCAGCGUGAGCACGUCUUGCUUUGCCUCCAGGAGCUAAAGAACCUCUUCGUUGCCUUAAAGGAUCCAGUAAUUACUCUCGUCAACAAUGCUAUGAUGCCCGAAUUGUCAUCAGAGGCUAUCGAUCAGGAGUUAUCUAAAUUAAACUCGAUGGAUUUCUUUAUGAAGAUCUUCAACCCGGAGUCAGAUGACCCUGUUGGGCUUAUUGAAACUAUCGAGCCAAUUGUUGAGCCUUCGUCAGUUCAGUUCGUAGGAGCUGAGCCUGAUAGCCAGGAAAUUCUUCUACACCAAGAAAUGGAAUCUUUCUUAGAUCGCGGGGAUGCCACACUGCGACUUUUUUUAUGGCGCAGGCUCCAGGACGCGUAUAGAAAGAUUGCCUACCCCCCAAAAGUUGUGUCAUGCUAUCUCCGGAGUAUUGAAACAAUUGUCAAAGAACUUUGCAGCUCAGCACAUCUCGAGGAGCCCAGUGAGCACCGCCAAAUUGCCCUCGUGAGAUGGCUUAAAUCACUUGACGGCCUGUUGAGCAAGACGGUUACAGCAGUAUUACAGGAGCCGGAAAAGGCCUACGAAUGUUUCGACAUGGAACAUGUAAGGUCUUCAAUGUCCGCGGUUGCCUCAUUUAUUCGAGUGCUUCAUAGUUUUGUCCUGUAUGAGGACGCCAUACGUGUCGGCCAAGUUUCCGGAUCGGAUUUGCGUGGAUCUCUGGCCAAGUCAUUGGAAAAUUUUAAAGACAAACUACGUGAAAUGACUGUGCGUUGCUGGAUCCUGCUAUAUACACUUCUGAAAGAGGCAAUCUCCCAGAAUCAGGAGAUUUUCGAGGACCCUUCGGAGGAUCGCAUGUAUUACUUGCGCUCGGUGCACAAUACUCUCGGCAUUCGCAAAAUGUGCAGGCGAUCCCACAAGCAGUUCCUGAAGUUGAUGAAAUCCGAACUUUUUGCGCUGGAAGUGAAGCAAGAUACAGAAAUUGACGUCUGCCAAAUCUUGUAUGACAUUCAUGGCGUCAAAUUAUCAUCUAACGAUAAUCUUCUAGCUGAACACGGCUGCACCUCAGAGAAGCUAGAUCGUUCUACAGCGGUCUCGAUGAUUGAUUUUGUCAUGAGACAGGCCAAGAAAAUGAAUAUCAAGGAUCUGUCGAAAUCCGAUUUGAAAACCACAAUUGACAAGAUGCAGCAGGCAAUCGGCACGACAAAGACCUCGGCGCCUUUGUCUUUUAACAGACGCAUUCUAAACGCCUACUUCAAGUCCGCAAUAAAUCCAUCUGAACUCGUCCGUGCGAUUCGAGGUGUCUCGGAUAUUCCACUCAUUCCUGUUCCCAAUGAGAGUGCAGUAAUCGCAAAAAACGGCUGGUAUUUCCUUCUGGGCCACGCCGCGUUGACAAAAUUCCGCUCUCAGAAGCGGUUGAACCCUGUGCCAACCGCUGAUCUUGACGAAGCUAUCGCCUGGUUCAGGCAAGAUUUAGAGCAUGGAACGUCCAAAUGGGAGACAUGGUAUCGGCUGGCCCAGACCUAUGACUCGAAGCUCGAGGAGGAUAUCACUUGGUCUGCGGACAAGAUCAAUAAUAACCGAAUGGAGCUCGUUACUUGGCAACGAAAUGCGAUUCACUGCUAUGCUAUGGCUAUUGCGGCGGCGACUAGAACCGCCGACCCAACACCGGAAGCCCGGGCCCUUUUAGCGGAUCUUUAUACCGAUUUCGGAAUUCGUCUAUAUUCAUCUUCUCGAGAACCCCUAUCAAUGGGGGCAUUUAGUCUCGCGGAGUUUACGCGUCAUUAUAGUAAUGAGGAAAGCCAACAGAUGUACGAAGGACAGCCGUUCAAGGAAAUGAAGGUCUAUUCUGUUUGGAGGCUCGCAAGUUAUCUGCUUAGGCGUGCAAUGGUCGACAAACCUAAGAGUUGGAUGACCCAUUACAUGCUGAGCAAAUGUCUCUGGAAGAUGUUUAGCUGUGACGAAUCUGUGAGGGGAACUGCUAGGCGUAUUAGCGUUGACAGUGUCUUGGACUCGCUGCUUGAUACCAUCGAUGCCCUGCCCCAAAGGAGAGAUUCGCGAUCGGAUCCGAUUUUUGAACCUCACUAUAAACUUGUUUCCAUCAUACAUAAACUUGUUCAUAGAGAUAUUUUGACUCCCGCUGAAGCGAGCAAAACGCUCCUUGCUACGCCCUGGGCACGAAAGUUCCAACCUCCUGAGGAUAAGGGGUCUUGGAAGAAGUACAUUCUUGAUGUGCUCAAAAACCUGAAGAGUGCAGAUAAGUCAAACUGGCACCACCGCAUGGCUGCCAGGGCUGCACACAUCGUUUACGACGAUGAUAAAGACGAGACUGCUGCGGUGGGAGCUAAAGCAGAGCUUACGCAGCAAAUAUUCACCAAGACUAUGACAAUCCAAGUCUGGAGGCCAGAAUUCGAGCGUCCCGGUAGACACUUCGUCUAUACGACCCGAUAUGCCUACUUCUUCGUCGCUCUUCUUGACCAGCUCGAUGAUCGGGCGAACCUCGAUCAAUUACUCCGGCGUGUACGCAAAAAACAAGGCGACUUCAUCAACCACUCUAAACUUUGGGAGGACUUGUGUCUGACCUAUGCGCGCGUCAUCCGCAGAGCAGGCCACAUCAGCGAAGGCCAUGAGGAGGGCGUCUUCAAACCAAUCGGCUGGGAGGAGUUCGUAGCAAACACAGCCCGCCUAGAAGGUCUUUCCCAACUUGCUCCUGAAAGUUCAUCCCUCCUCGAACUCCUGCGGGAUGCCAUCGAGCUGAAGAAGCUCAACAAUAACCUCAUGAAAGUUUCCCUGCUCGAAGACCUCAUCGCAGACCUGUACUCCCGACUAUAUGAAAUCAACAUGCCUCAGGUCAUCGAGCAAGUCAACGAAGAGAACAAAGAGAAAAUGAAAGUUGACCACAUCCUCAUGACCAGCGACGGAGCUGCGGACAUCUCCACACCCCCAACCUCCGCCCCCACCUCCGACGCUCCAGCCCCCCGCGGCCGCACAAAGGGAAUAGCCCGAAGAGACGUCCAAAAACGCGCCGAAACCAUCGUCAAUCGCAAGGUGCCACCGCGCGCGCCGACAGCCCGAGCGCCGACAGCCACAGAAGCAGACUCAGCGACGACCUCCUCCGGCCCAGGAACAACCGCCUCCUCUUCUGUCGCGAAACCAGUUAUGGAAAUCCCCCGAAGACAGCCCGCGGAGGAGUUUGGUUCCACCCAGCAAAGCGAUAUCCCCAACAGUCUCCAUGAUAGCGCUGAUGACGAGAGCGAGCUCAGUGAGAUGGACGAUGAAAAGCUCUCGAAACUCACGGGGGAUCGCAAAUUGCUCUUCCCGAACUUGCAAGAUCGGGGCUCGAUGGAUCCCGAGUCGGAAAUGUCUGCACAAGCUAGUGCUAUCGGGGACGGAGAUGGAGACGGGGACGAUGCGAACGAAAUAGGGGGUGAAAUGGAAAUGGACGAUGACGGCGAUCGGGAAGGUGAUCACGACGUUGAUCUGGGGGAAGGCGAGACUAUCGGUGAAGAUGGCGACGACCAUGGCGAGGGCGACGGCGAUGGCGACGGCGACGAUAUCGAAAUGGAAGGAGAGGACGAUGACGAAGUCGGCGGAGAUGAAGAAGGUGAAGAUGAGGGAGACACAAAUAUGGAAGAGGAGGGUCUUCCUGAUGGGGAGAUAUGUGAAGAGCCUGAAGGUGAAGUUGAACACCAGCUCCCUGAUGCCGAACAGGAGAUCGAUGAUACGUACGAGUCCGAGGGCGCAGAUCUUUAGCUGGGUGGGUGGGUUACUGGAUGAGAUGUUCCGGAUAUGAGUCUUCUUUUGUUUCUUUCUUUCUUUUUUUUUUUUUUUUUUUUUUUUUUUUUUUU